GGAGGCAGCAGCAGCAGCAGCGCUCAGUCAACAGAGAGCAGCUGAGCACGUUGGAGCUCCGGACUCUUCUUGAGCAGCAACAAUUUAAAGUACCUGGCUACAAGAAUGAACUCUGACUCCGUUGUCAUCGUGUCCGCUGCUCGGACUCCCAUCGGCUGCCUGAAUGGUGCUCUGUCCACGGUGCCGCUGCAGGACUUGGCUUCAGCUGUAAUAAAAGAGGUGCUGCAGCGAGCUGCGGUGAAGCCGGAUGAGGUCUCGGAGGUCAUCAUGGGUCACGUGCUGACCGCAGGUCAAGGGCAGAACCCGGCCCGCCAGGCCAGCGUCAGGGCUGGGAUCCCCUACCGGGUGCCCGCCUGGAGCUGCCAGAUGGUGUGUGGGUCGGGACUGAAGGCCGUGUGCCUGGGCGCUCAGUCCAUCCAGAUGGGAGAGGCGAGUGUCGUGGUGGCUGGUGGUAUGGAGAGCAUGAGCAGGGCUCCUCACACCGUCCACAUGAGGUCGGGGGUGAGGAUGGGUGACGCCCCCCUUCAGGACUCCAUGGUGGCUGACGGUCUGACGGACGCCUUCCACGGCUACCACAUGGGCAUCACAGCUGAGAACGUGGCAAAGCAGUGGGGCAUCGGCCGAGAGGAGCAGGACUCGUUCGCGGUCCGGUCUCAGAACAAGGCAGAGGCGGCUCAGAAAGCCGGCCACUUCGACCCAGAGAUUGUUCCGGUGAUGGUUCAGUCGAGAAAAGGUGCGGUGGAGGUGAAGGUGGAUGAGUUUCCUCGUCACGGCAGCACAGUGGAUGCCAUGUCUAAACUCCGACCCUGCUUCAUCAAGGACAGCAGCGGCACCGUCACCCCCGGCAACGCCUCAGGAGUGAACGAUGGCGCGGCCGCGACCGUCCUCAUGAGUCUGGCCGAGGCAGAGAGGAGAGGAGUGAAACCCAUGGCCCGCAUCGUGUGCUGGGCACAGGCUGGUCUGGACCCCUCCAUCAUGGGCACCGGACCAAUACCUGCUAUCAGGAAAGCGGUUGAGAAAGCCGGGUGGACCUUGGACCAGGUGGAUUUGUUCGAGAUCAACGAAGCUUUUGCCGUGCAGUCCAUCGCUGUGGUCAGAGAACUUGGUUUAAAAGAAGAAAAGGUGAACGUGAACGGCGGCGCCAUCUCUCUGGGGCAUCCCAUCGGCAUGUCCGGCUGCAGAAUACUUGUCACACUGCUGCACUCGCUGCAGAGAAGCGGCGGCAGGAAGGGCGUGGCGUCGCUGUGCAUCGGUGGAGGGAUGGGCAUCGCCAUGUGUGUGGAGACCAUUUAGAACCAGAAAAACGACUUCAUGCUUUGUCCUGAAGAAGGGAAACUGGGUGUGGGGGAACGGAGCCAGCACUGUGAACUUCAUCAGCUGCUCUCAGGGUUUGCACUUCUCGAGACUUCAGUGGGGAUCUUGGCUGCCAUUUUGGAUCAUCCUAGUGCAUUUGACUACAUUCCACUGCCCUGGACUUCAUGUGAGCUCCUUCUGCAUCAGCUGUGUGCCAUGAACACUCAGCCUUAUAUGCUACUGUAGAGCUUCCUGUACUGGUGUGAGGACUAACAUGCGAAUUAAAAGAUGUCAAGCCUAGUCAUUGACCACAGGAGGUUUAUUGUCAUCAAGUGUCCAAAAUCAGUUACAGCCCCUCAGACGAAGGGGUGGGGGGGGAGUAAACAAGCAACAGCUGGUUCUAGUGCUACAGCCAC